AUGACCUCAAAAGGCAUCUCAGAUAGCGAUGCCCAUGCGACAUCACUCCCAGCAGAAAAGCUGGAGGCGAAUGAUGACUCGCAAGAUGAGGAUAGCAUAGAGUACCCGACAGGUGCCAAGCUUGCCAUUAUUCUUGUUGCCAUCUUCUUGUCUUUGAUUCUUACCGGGCUGGACUUCAACAUGAUAGCGACAGCAUUGCCUAGCAUCACCACACAUUUCCAGACCAUCGCCGACGCUGGUUGGUACUAUUCAGCAUACCGUUUGACCUCUUGCGCAUUCCAGUUUAUUUUCGGCAAGCUAUACCAUCUUUUCUCUGCCAAGUGCGUAUUUCUUGCCUCCGUGCUCAUUUUCGAACUGGGAUCUUUACUCGCUGGGGUAGCGCCCACGUCUAGCGUGUUGAUAUUAGGGAGGGCAGUAUCUGGCAUUGGUUGCGCAGGUAUUAUUUCUGGAGUCCUGACCAUCAUAGCGCAGUGCUUCCCUCUGCGCAAACGUCCGCUAUUUACUGGAUUGGCAGCAGCCUUUGAGGGUGUAUCUGCGGCUGUUGCCCCAAUGCUUGGGGGAGCCCUGACACAAAGCAUCUCCUGGAGAUGGUGCUUCUACAUCAACCUCCCCCUCGGAGGUCUUUCCUUCCUGUUGAUCCUAUUGUUCUUCCAAGAUCCAUUGACAACAGCGCGCAAAAUGCUGCCAUGGAGGGCCAAGCUUCGGCAACUUGACCUUCUCGGCGCUGGGCUUUUCGUCACCUCGGUUACCUUGCCGUUAUUGGCUUUUCAGUGGGGGGGCACCACAUACGCCUGGGGCAAUGUUCGGAUCAUCGUUCUCUUCGUCUUAACUGGUGUCAUCCUGGCUGCCUUUGUCUGGCACCAAAAGAGGAAGGGCGAUCAUGCUCUGCUCCCCGCACGAGUAAUGCGGUCACGAAGUGUCUUUGCCGGAGUGUGGUUUGGCCUCUGCCUUAAUUCAUCUUUGUCGGUGUUUGAGUAUUAUAUGCCCACCUAUUUUCAAGCCGUCCACGGGGUGUCUGCCACGCUAUCCGGCGUGCUUUGUCUGCCGAUCGUGGUGGGGCUGACUCUGUCCAUUCUUGUCGGAAGUUCCCUCACGAGCGCUCUAGGAUACUAUACUCCCUUUAUGAUUGCCACAGCCGUCAUCAGUCCGAUUGCAGCUGGCUUGCUCACCACGUUACGAGUGGAGCAGUCUCUCGUCUCGCUUAUUUUCUAUCAGGCUCUUCUGGGCGUCGGCACAGGCAUUGGCUUCCAGGGCCCCCAGGUGGCCGUCCAGACGGUCCUUCCCGUCGCCGAUGCCCCGAUUGGCAUUGCGCUGAUCAUCUUCGCCCAGAACGUGGGGCCGGCAGUCUCCGUCUCAAUUGCGCAGACUAUCUUCACCAGUGAACUGGUUACCAGGCUCCGGGGAAUAGUGCCGGACCUGGACGCCCAGGCACUAACCCAGAUGGGGGUUUUUGAGCUACAGCAGCACGUUGCUCCGGCGGACAGGUCGCGAGUGGUCGAUGGGUACGAUCGAGCUUUGACCACAGCAUUCUUUCUGCCGGUUGGCUUGGCUUGUGCUACGAUGGUUGGUGCCUUGGCAAUGGAAUGGAGAAGUGUGAAAAAGUGA